GUGAAAACAGAAGAAACCAUGGUCCGAUUAAACUACAUCGUCACGAUCAUCGUUAUUACACUGAUUUGCGUUCUAGCGCAAGAAUUGUACUCCGAUCGGUAUGACAAAGUCAACGCCGAAGAUAUCCUUCAAAAUAAUAGAUUGCGAGAUCAGUACUAUAAUUGUUUUAUGGAAAAGGCGUCAUGCGUAACGGCAGAUGCAAAAUUCUUUAAAGAGAUUGUUAUGGAAGCUUUUCGAUCUAAAUGUAACAGAUGUACCGAAAGACAAAAGGAAAUAAUGAAUUUAAUAAAGGAUUGGUAUACAAAAAAUAGACCUGAACAAUGGGAGGCUUUCGUUGCAAAGUAUCAACAAACAGAACGCUGAAAUAACUAACAAGGAGAGUACGGAAAGAAUAAAAAAUGUUAAUCGCGUUUACAACAUUAUUAAAUUUUUUUAUAUUCA